AUGGAGGCAGCUAUUGUCAGGCCCCCUACACCUGCCCUGCCCACACCUCUGACCCAAGACUCCCUGGAGAAAAUUGUGGAGGGCAUCUUGGAAAAACAGCAGCAGCAUCAGCAACAACAGCCCCAGCCAGAGCAAAAGAAAAGGCAGACAAAGACUUGUCUCGCUUGUGGACAGCCCAAGUCUCGAUACGAGACCGAUGGAUCCUCGGUCCGCUUUUUUUACCAGCAGGGGCCCGUCCGCUACUUCUACUGCUCAAAGAAAGUGCAUCAAAGCUAUGCUGCUGAGGGGCUUUCAGAUGCCAAGAUGCCCUUCGAGCAGUUUGCGCAGACAGAGUUUUUCCAUAGGGAGCUGGAGGAAACAAAAAAACGGAUGGAGGAGAAAAAAAGGAAACAGCCAGACGCACAUCAAGCUGGCCACCUCUGUCGGUUCUGUCAGCAGGGACUGAAACAGGGGCCAAACAGUCCUCAUGUACAUACUGGCUUCCCGGGAGUGGCAGGGAAAUAUAUUUACUGCCCUUCGAAGGUGCUGUCUCUAUAUCGCAGCAAGGGAAUGACCGGAGAGCUGAGCUGGAAGGAGUUUUGUGGGUCUCCUUUCUAUUAG